GUAGAUGGUGUUGAUGGAGGAAGAUUAAGAUUAAUGGUAUUAGUAUUAUUAUUAUUAGAGAUAAUAAUAGGAAGAUUAUUAGGUCUCAUGGGGAAAUGAUUAAGUGUUCGUAGCCUGAAUACUAGUUGAGCUCUAUCUCUUCUAUGGACAUUCAUAUGUCCUCCAAGUGCUUGAGCAGAUCUAAACUCCCUCUUGCGAAAACUGCAUGUGUAUGACCUUGGUGGCCAUGAAUAUGAUGAACCCAUCAUCAUCAUCAUAUGAGAACCAUGAUCAUCAACAUAAUAAUAACUACUAGUAUUAUUAUCUUGUUUUACUUUGUUGUUGUUGUUAUUGUCGUAGCAAAAAGAAGUGUUGUUUGUAUUAUCCAUGGAUAAUUAUUUAAGAAGUAAGAAAGAAGAGAGAAGCUAGAUAGAUGGUAUUUGGUUGAAGGAUGAUAUUAAUGGAAGCAUGUAGGUGGUAUUUAUGAGCAAUCGAGUUUGAGUUUAUAGUAAAAGGGAAACUAAAAUAUAGUGGCUAAUGUACAACUAAAGUAUAGUCAAGAACAUUAUAAUGGCUAAUGUUUUAAAAAAAGUGCUAAUGUGAUAAUGUUUUUAAAUAUGUGCUAAUGCUUAUUUAAAAUGUUUAAUUUAUUAACUUUUUUAAUUCAUGUAUUGAUAGGUAAUUUUGUUGAAUUUGUAUGAGAAACAACAAAAAGUAAAGAGAAUAUGUUUCCAUUUAGAAAAUUAUUUGACGAGAUAAUUGACUGCUUAUUUAGAAAUCAUCGAGCGUUAUAAAGUUACCUAGUGAUGAUUGAAUUUAUUUAAAUGUUAGUUAGACGAAAUAGUAGGUUUAGUGCAUGAUUGGUGUGAGAUGUGUAGGGUGUGGUUAAUUAGUAACAUGUUUUUUGUGAGAUGUGUAGAAUUUGGUAUCAUGAAAAGAAGAGAGCGUAGUUGGAUGUAUGAUAGACUCGACGGGCGCAAUCUUAAGCCCGACUUUCUCAAGGGGGUUGGAGAGUUCAUUGAGUUUUGCAAAGAGCAUCCAACAUGCAAUGAUGGUGACAAAAUAAGAUGCCCAUGCCCCUUGUGUGAUAACAGGCGUUUUCAUGAUACUGAAACAGUUAGAGUACAUUUGUACAAGAAGGGGUUUGUUCGUAAUUACUAUCAAUGGAUAUGUCAAGGGGAAAGCUUAGUAGAGUCCUCGAGUGUUCAGCCAAAUCAAUAUCGGGAUAUGGUUAUUGAUGCUCUUGGAAAUAAUCAAGAGCAUUUGGUGAAUGAAGAGGGUAAUUCAGUUGAAGAAGAACCAAAUGAUGAAGCUAAGAAGUUUAUAGACCUUCUAAAGGCAGCUGGAGAUCCAUUAUAUGAAGGGAGCAAACUCUCUGUGUUGGAGAUGGCAUCAAGAAUUGCAAGUUUGAAAUGUGAAUUCAACUUACAACACAGGUGUGUGGAUGGGUUUGCAUCUUUGAUGAAUGAUGCGAUUCCAAAUAACAACCAAAUGGGUAGAACUUUCAAUAGCACAAAGAAGGUUCUUGAGGGCUUGGAACUUCCUCAUGAGAGGAUCCACACAUGCCCUAAAGGAAAACUAUGAAAAAAAUGUUGCUGAAUGUGUUGAAAAAGGCAUUGCUAAAGAUCCCAACCAAAUCUACUUUGAGACAGUAGGUGGGAGAAAGAAGGGAAAGGUCCCCGGGCUGGGGAGUGGAGACUCUCUAUACUUUGCACCAUCUAGAAGGGGUGGUAGUUCUUCUAGCUCAUACACCCCAUCUAUUUAUUCUCAAAUGUCAUCUCGAUUGGAAGAGACUCAACAACAGUUGACCCAAAAAUCCAUUGAGCUUGAAACAACAAAAAAUCAGAUGUUAAAGGCUAUGGAGGACGAUCUACUUUUGAGGCAAAGGGAGAGAGAAGAAAGAGAAGCAGAGCGACUAGAGCACCAAAGGGAGAUGGAAAGGGAGAGACAAGAGAGAGAAAGGGAGAGACAAGAAAGAGAAGAACAUGCCGCCCAGAUGAAAAAGGCAAUGGAGUCUUACGAGCGGAUGUUCAGUCAAUGUACUGGUUUUCCUUUCUCGCAGUCGCAGGACCCUUGAGAUCCAACCGGCGGCGGGACACCUUUGUGUUAGGUAGUUAGUAUUCUUGUAUUAGUUUGAACUAGUUAUAACUUUUCGUAUUAACAUGUUUGAACAACAUUAUGUGUAUUAUG